AUGUCGUCGGAUGCGUUGUCUUUUACUCCUCUCCGCGAGCGAUCUCUCGGUUUGCACCCGUCGUUCAACUUUGCAACUCUAAAUAGGAAUUUGCUGGAUGAGUUUAAUGAGCGCGAAAGCAAUGUUCUGCGGAAAGAUGAGCAAAUGCCUGUGUAUCUGCGUAUUCGACCACUGAACCCUGGUGAGGCCUCUGACAAGGUGCUGUUUGCACGCGACGCCACUAGAGUCGUGCUUAAGCCGUUGGUGGAAGAGAAGGGUCUGAGGGCAGGUAUGUUCGCGUUCGGCCAGUCCUCGCAUGAGUUCACCUUUUCCCGGGUGUUUGAUGAGGUAACAACGCAAGCCGAGAUUUUCAAGGCUGUGGCGGCGGAGCGGGUGAGUGAGUUUCUCGAGGGUGUGAAUGGUUUGGUUUUCGCCUACGGCACAACUAGCUCCGGUAAAACCUACUCUCUGCAAGGCACCGCUGGGAAUGGAGGCGUGAUUCCUCGUGCAUUGGAGUGCAUCUUUAGGAGUGCGGUGCUAAAUCCAACGGAACGAUUGGUGCCACGCGGAUUUGAUGAGGUGCAAGAGGUGACCGAGGUGGAAGCAGCAAGGCGGAGACAAGACAAGGCUCUUCUCCUGCGUCUUGCGCGCACUACCGAAAACGUAAGACGAGCCUCAUUGUUCGUGGACAUUCUCAUUUUCGCUCCACGCCUUCUGACUCGCUCUUCUUUCCCAUGGCAGUUGUCGCGAUCUCGCGCAGUCAGUUGGGAGUCUGUGCGACCGUCGUCGGAGACAGGGCUGUCGACUAGCACGAAAGGAGAAGCAGUGGCCAGGGUGAGAGAAGAGUGUUUGGAGGUGUCAUUUGCCUACAAGGACUCGGCCGCAUUUUGCUUCUGGAUCAGUUUUGUGGAGAUCUACAACGAGGUUGUCUACGACCUACUCGACCCCGAUUUCGUCUCCGCCAUCGAAAAGCAUAGUCGUGCAUCCUCUGGUGUGACGGCCGGUUGUGGUGGUGGCGGUGGACCAUUUGGAGUGCGUCGAACUCCGCUAGAUUUGCGCACAGAUAAGAGGGGCAACGUGUUUGUCAAGGGUGUGCGGUGGUAUGCAGUGACCUCAGCGGAGGAGGCCUACUCACUGAUCUCGAUAGGUCGGUGCUGUCAGUGCGUAGGUGUUACGCGGCUCAACGAGUCAAGUUCGCGUUCGCACACAAUCCUCACCCUUCGUGCUCUUCGCUCUCGUCGGGGCACUUCCGUCGGUGGCGAGAUGGGUGCUGUUGGAAGUAGCAGUUUGUUGAGUUUCUGUGAUCUCGCAGGUAGCGAACGAUGCACGAAAGCAGCGACACUGGCACAGGUGCAGCGCUUGCGCGAGGCGAAUAGUAUCAACACGAGUCUUUUGACUUUGGGCAAGUGUAUUGAGGCGUUGCGUCACAACCAGCGACAUGGUGGCGGUGGUGGUAACCCGCGAAUCGUGCCGUACCGCGAGUCACGGCUCACGCGUCUCUUCCAAAACUUCUUUGUCGCCGCAGGACCGGCGGCGUGUGGUCGUGGGCGGAGUCGUGCAUGUCUGCUAGUGAACGCAGCGCCGUGUGCUUCGUUGGCAGAAGAAACGCUGCAUUCGUUACGCUUCUCGGCCCUUGCUGCUCAGGUUCUCAUGUCUGCCGCGGCGCCACCACCGCUAUCAUCACCGAAAGCCUCGUCUCCGGAGUACACUGCAGCUGCAAUAGCCUCUACCGCUAUCCAGGAUCAAUUGCGUGCUCAACUGCUCAGACAAGGAUUUCAACUGCGUUGUUCUGGCAGUCUGCUCGGUCGACACGGAAAGAGCAGCAUUAGUAGCAUUGCGACUUUGGCAACAGCAGCCUCGGCGGAGAUGACGAUGGUGGGGGCGGAGGAGUCGGAGGCGACGCCAACGGUGGCACAACACCUUGUCGGUGAUGUCAGUUGCGGUAGCGAUGGUCAUGGCGGAGGUGGAGGCGUUCGGCGACCAUUGGCGGACUGGAUGGAUGAGACAGUGGAGGCGGAAUUGAGGCGUUUAUCGCGAGGAGGGCUGGUUGAGAUGGUGCACGAGCUGGUGGCAGCUGUGGCGGAGGCGCUGCCUGCUGAGGUGGAGGCGGCACGUAGUGAGGCUCGUGCUGAGGUUACGGCGACGAUGGGCGAGGAGCUGUUGCGAAUGGAGGAGCAGUACGAGGUGCUGUUGCAGAAACAGGAGCGGGAGUUUGAGACGCGACUGGCAAAGGAGCACCGAAAGCGAAAGCAGGAACAACAACGAAGAGGCCAGCAUCAACAAAGUGGUUGUGGCAUCAGUGGUGCAGACUGUUCGUGGCUUCCAUUGCUCAGUGCGACGGAAGGCGAAGAAGAAGUAGAGGUUGAGCGAGCAGUGAGUGAAGUUGGUAGGUUGGAGGUUGUGGAAGGUAGUGAAUUAUGGGCACGGGAGCCGUCAGCGAAGACCCGUCGGAUGGGAGGAAGGGGCGAUGAGUUGGAAGGGGCGGUGGAAGCAAAGUCAAAUGCAGAAUCAGAGGAGGAGUGCCCUUCUUGUGAUCACUAUGCAAAGGAGGUGGCACGUUUACGUGAGGAGUUAGAGGAGGCGCGCGGCGAUCUGGCGGAUCAGCAGGAUGCGAUUGCGGGUGUGAUGGCGCAACGCGACGCUUUUGAGGUGGAAGUGCGGCGCUUAGAGUUUCAAUUGCAACUGGCAUUGGUUUGUUUUUUCGUUGUGUGGAUGUGGCCACUGGAGGAGAAUUGUGCAAAGCCUGUGUCAGCAACCACUAAUUCUGCAGCUGCAUCACUGUUCCCUCCGUUGUUGGGUGCAGAGGCGGUGGCAAAAGGGAAUGAAUCGGUGGUGGUGCCCUUUUCACUGUCUGCUGAGGAAGGAGCGAUGUUUAAGAAACAGAAGGAACAGUUACGGUUGAAGGAACGGUCUUUGCGUGGAGCUGGGGAUGCGGCGCUCUUUCCGCCGUUGAUCUCUCCAUCCGAUCGUGUGUGUGUGAACGGUGAUAUUGACGUUGAAGCAGACGUGGACAUAAUUCCUCCAACACCAGUCACGGUGGUGAAGGUGGGGGUAGAAAGACGAGGUGCAGCGGAAGGCGAGGUUGGAGGUGGAGGUGAGUGUGUGGAAGUGGAGGAAAGUGCCAGUGGCGUGGGAGGUCAGUGUGCAGGAGGCCGAGAGGUCCUGUCAGCGGUGACGGAUGUGCGAGUGGAUGUGGAGUCAACCGCAAUACCGAGGGGAAGUGGGGAGAUGAAUGGGGAAGUGGUGAGAAAUGGGUAUAAAUCGAAGACGAGUGAUGCACGAAUGGCGUCGUUUUUGGCUCACGAGGCAGAGGCCGAAGCUGCGGCGGACGUGGCGGCUGCUUCUGUGGUCGUGGAUGCAAUCGCAAAGGAAUCGGCGCUGGAGUCGCGGUGUGAGGCGCUCUCGCGCGACCUGUCCGUCGCGCGCUCUACCCACGAGGAGGCGAUGGCGCAGUUGGCUGAGUUACAACGGCGUGUGCAUGAGUACGAGGAACUGGCGAGCCAGUAUUGUGUAAGGCGUUUGUGUUGGCGUGUUUGCGCUGUGUUGGUGGUGAGGAAUGGGACUGGAUGUGGAUUGUGA